AUGCCUGGUGGACCUGGCCUCACUGCCGCCGAUCACAUACUUUGGGCCCAGAGGAUUCAGAAGGAGGAAGUCAAUGCGAAAUCUCGUCCGGAUGGCUUUUCUGUCCGAGCGGCAGUCAGCGUGCCAGGGGUACCUACCAAGUUCAAGCCGGGCCACAUGGAUCCACGGGAGGCCUCAGGCUCUGGCUUUAACCCUGCUGCUGUAGGUUGGGACCCGGCUGGCACUAUGACUGCGGAGUUCCGCCGUUGCAUGAACCAACAAAGCGCCGGGCCACGGGAGCGACAUUUGUUUCCAGAGACCUGCCAACAAGAGAUUGGAUGGAUGCAGGGCCAGUGUGGCAAGCCUGCACAAAGAAGUGCACCGGCAGGGAGCAAGCCAACACGCUUGGGGGUGGGCUGGUUGAUGAAGGACGGCCAUGGUGGCCCCAUCAACAAGCUUGCAGCGGAGCGGGCCAAGGAUGUCGUCCUAACAGACCAGGGCUCAGAAUCGCAGCCUUCGCGAAAGCGGAAGUCCAAGGAUGGCAAUGUCAGAGAAGAACUUGGAGUGCCGCCGUAUGCUACCAGCAUCCCUUGCGCGGUGUGGGAGGACACUCCUCCUCCUCCUCCUGUUCCUCCCCGUCCUAUUCCUCCCAAAUUUCGAAGGACGCGAAGUCAGUCACGGAUCUUGCCAGCCGGCAAGCGACCGCAGCGAACUGGCUCCAUGCCAACGUUGCCAGAUCCAUGCAGGCAAUUUGCAGCCCAAGAGCAUGCCUUGGGGGAGGCCAUGGACCGAAGUCGCCACUUCCUCAACUGUCCGUCCAACAGGUGGUAUAAACCACUCAGCAACUCCGAUGUCGCAAAGUUCGCAGAUGCGUACACCAAGGCAUUUGGGGUCGGUCUGUAUGCCAGAGGGUGA